AUGGCUUACUUCCAAUCUUGGAGUGAUAACGUGGAAAUUUUUGAAACAUACGAGAAAGGACGAGGGAUAAGAUGCAAGAAGCAAUUAGCGAUUGGAACCUCAGUAGGCAAGGAGAACCCAUUUUGUCAUGUCGUUAGCCAAGAUAUGCUAUCGAGUUAUUGCCAUUCUUGUCUUUUAAUGCAAUCAGAAUUAUAUAAAUGUAGCAGGUGCAAAAUCAUCAUGUAUUGCUGUAAAAGUUGUCAGAAGGAAGAUUGGCAAUGGCAUAAAUAUGAGUGCAAAUCAAUUACGCGUCUUGGCCCUAAAGUCCCACCUGAUAGUAUUCGAUUGUUAGGUCGGGUUGCUUAUACAAUUUUACAAGGACAAGAUCGAGCAGACCAAUUUAAAUUUUUAUUAUCUAAUAGAGAACUACUAGAAGGAAGCAGGAAAAAUACCAUUGUUGAUGGUAUUAAUUUAUUAAAAGAGUACUUAUCAAAUAAAGUUGCCAUAAACGAAAAUGAAAUUAUUGAAAUUAUUAGUAGGGUAACUUGCAAUACCUUUACAAUAUGCAACUCAGAGAUGCAAACUGUUGGAAUUGGAGUUUAUCCGGGGUUAUCACUAGUAAAUCAUUCGUGCUCUCCAAACUGUUCUGCCACCUUUCGAGGAAAGCAAAUGCAACUACGCAUCAUCGAAAACACUAAAAUAGGAGAUGAGCUGCUUAUUAGUUAUAUUGAUCCAAUGCAAGUUCUCAGUAGCAGACAAAAUCAGCUUCAAUCACAAUAUUGUUUUAAGUGUAUUUGCGAGAGAUGUAUAGAUACUACCAAGGAUUCCUGUAAUAAUUUAAUGGAUUCAGUGCGUUGCCCAAAGAAGAUAUGCAAAGCUGCUAGUUCUUUAGAUUCGCUACUUGCUAACAAAUUAUGCCCUGAAUGUGGAUCUAUCGUCGAUCAGUCAUUUUUUGCCGAAAUCGAAAAUUUUCAGGCUCAAAUUAAUAAGACUAUCAGUCUAGGUUAUCAACAAGCGAAAUUAGAAGAUUUAAAGAAAUUGUUCAUCGAAGGAAAGCAACGCCUAGGAGAAUGUAAUAUGUUAUAUAUUCGCAUCAUUGAAAAUUUAAUGGAUGCUUACAUAGAAUCACAACGUUAUGAGGAAGCUCUAGAAUAUGCAAGAAGACUAGAGGAACCUUAUUGCAGAUUAUAUCCUCGCUAUUAUCCGGUAACUGGAGUUCAUCUUAUGAAGCAAGGAAAGUUAGAAUGUUAUUUGGGUAAAUUUGGAGAAGCUGUAAAGUCUCUAGGAAAGGCAAAGGAAAUUUUACUUGUUUCGCAUGGUAAAGAAUGUGGUCUCAUCCAUGAAAUGAAUGAGAUGGUUUCUAUUUAA